UUUACCUUUGGCUAAGAGGUAAUAUACUAGAGUUUCUCUUCACUACUUUGUCUCACCAGUGAUUACAGAGAAGUUACAAAUAUCAUUAGUAGUAGAAGACUUUAAUCCACCUCUGUCAGCAUGUUGACAAGGAAUCCAAAAACAAAGUGUAGUCUCCAGAUUCUGAAAAACAGUGUGAAACGGCACCACAUGGCACAUAAAGUUAGCAGCCUAUUGGAUGCAUACUCAGGCCUGUUAAGUAAUGAAUCCAUGAUCCUGGCUGUGAACUCCAGCUUUGUGGAUCCCUUACUGCAGUUUGAAUCUCAGUUGAAGAUAAUAGAGUCAUCCUUUGGAAUGCUGGUUGUCAUGCCAAGUCUGGACAAAGUGAAAGAAAUGGGGAGCAGUUAUGAGGACAUUGAGGACAUGCAGAAUUUAUACCACAAAAUUUUACAUAUAUAUGAGAACAUUCUUAUGACCUUGGUGUCUAAAGACCUCUACAAAUUACAGAUCUUAAAGGAAAUGCUCGUGUGGAUGAGUAAAGAUAGCUCAUAUCUGCAAAAGAGAAUAAUGGUGAUCAUCAACAAGGUGUUAAGAUUUACAGUCAGGAAAGUCAGAAAAUAUACAAGUGUUGAUGCUCCAUGUUUGGGUCUCCUGGCAGCAGAGCUCUCUCUUUUGUGUUCCCAUGAAGAUCCCUCGACUGUACAACAAGCAUCAUUGGGAAUGUGUCACCUUCUCUGCAUUGCACAGUGUCAGAAUGAUAUUGGAAAAGAUAAGCCUACAAACGGUAAAACUCAUAGCCUCCAGUUUCCUUCUUCUGAUGUAGAAUUUCUACCCAAGGAGUUUCAACAAGACAAAAGUAAAAUAGCUCAGAGAGUAGGGCAAACCUUACUGCCUUCCUUGCUGACUGACUUUGUGUGGAGUCUCCUGAUGAAACUCUCUUCACCUGAUGAUAAAAUCGCAUCUGAUGCAGCAUCCAUACUGAAAUUUACUCUGGAAUUUCAUGCCGAGAAGGUCACCAUGGUGUCUAAGAUUGUGGAUACUAUUUAUAGGCAAUUGUGUGAUAACAAUUGCAUGAAGGAUGUUAUGUUGCGGGUUAUCACUUUGUUGACACGUACUUCACCCAAGAAGGUCAUCUUUCAACUUAUGGACUACCCAGUUCCAGCAGACGACACUCUGAUACAGAUGUGGCAGGCGGCAGGUUCUGAGGCGAGCGUGGCCCCUGACGUGCUGAAGACAAUCUUAUUGAUACUGAAAGCAAUGCCUGGGAAAAUGGAGGACACCCUAACGGAAGGAAAAUGUUUCCCUCUUGACGUUACCAACUUGAUGCCUUUGGCGGCAUCCCAGGCCCUGUGCACCUUUCUGCCUCUUGGUUCCUACAAGAAAGCGGUGGCCCAGUUUUUCCCCCAGCUCUUGACGACCCUUAUGUUCCAAGUCUUCUACAGCAGUAAGCUGAAACCGAAACCUAAGGACAGGACUUUGUAUGCCCAGGAUGCCCUGAGAGUUCUGCUGAAUUGUUCUGGACUGCAACAGGUGGAUAUUACUCUAAUGGAGAAGAAUUUCUGGGACCAGUUAUCUGAAGAUCCGUGUUACGCAGUCUACUUUAUUGCUAAAACUCUCAGUGAAUAUAACUUUCCACAGUUUCCGGAGACCCUGCGUUAUCUCUAUAAGCUCUCAGUAGAAGGUCCUAGAAGGUCAGAAGACACUGUCACCAUAAUAAUAUUCCUCACUGAACUUCUGAAUAACUUCUUCAAGGACCGUUUACCAGAAGAAUUUUUGGUCCUCUUCACAAACUGGAUCAAUGAUUCCAAUCCUGUAGUUAGCAAACUGAUCCUUCAUAGACUUGUCUACAUGGCACCAGUUAUCAAUAAGACAGAAAAUGUCAGCAGUAUAUUAAUAGCCAUCCUGGAUGCCUUCCUUUCCAAAGACGAUACUGUUGUACUUCAGGCCUUGUUCACCCUUAGAUGGCUUUUAAACGAACUGGACAAAGUGACCUACUCUUUGGGUACCGGAAUUGGUUCCAGCUACUGUCCUCUGAUGGAUCAUAUUAAUGGAGGCAUUCGAAGUAUGGCAAUUCAACACUUUGGUCAAUUAGUUAGGGAUAUGAGAGAGUACACAUGGAUGCUGAAUGAUGUGAUUCUAGAAGGCUUGGUGCCCCUAAUCCUAUUUUUGGAGGAUGACGAUAAAAGAGUAGCUGAAGCAUGUAAAAAUACAUUAAAAAUUUGUACCUCACAAUUAAAGUGGUCAACAUCACGUUUGCUCAAAGAUAAAAAUUACAGUUUUGAGAUGGUGGUGCUCAGUAUCUGUAACAAUCUUAUUAUUUCUCAUAGGAACUACAUUAGAGAUUUGAUAUCUGAUACCUUAGGAUUCCUGUGGAGCUCCAGAACAUAUCUUAAGAGGGCGUCGGUUAUUUUGAUAGGAUAUUUGGCAAAAUCAGGUGGUCAUUUACUGCUUAGAGAUGAAAUCGAAGUCAUGCUUCGUGUUAUUGAACGACUGCUCCAAGAUGAAGACCCUAUGAUCGAAGAGUUGGCCGAAAUAACCUACGAUAUUUUUAAGAAAAUAGCCCAUAAACUGACCUCUGCAACUCUUAAACAAAACUUCCAAAAAUUGCUUAAAUUCUUCUACAUCAAAAAAUUGAAGCCUCUUUACAAUUAUAACUCACCCAAUAGCCAGAUAGACAGUCCUACAGACAGUAAAGAUGUCAAGAAUGAUAAGGCCUUAUAGAAGAGAAUGAUGAUGACAUUCAUCAUUCAUAAACAAUGGGAAGUCCAACAAUGUCUUGGAGCCGACCUUAGAAGAAGAAUGAUUUUUCUUUCCCUCCUGACAACUUGAGUCUGUUUGUAGAUGCUUUUCUGAAAAAUGGUGGAAGCUUUUACUGUUACUUCUUAAUUCUCUAUUAAAAUAUAGAAAUCUGAGAAAACUGGUGCCUCUGUAUGUCUGACAGUGAUCAGAAGCCCUAUUUCAUCAAAACCACUAAGACAAUUGAAAAUAACAUAAGCAAAGUGUUUGAUGAGAAGCUCUGGGAACUUGAUUCAGUCCAUAAGCUCUACUGAGCACCUUCUAAGUGCCAGAUACUGUGUUAGGCAGUGGGGACAUUUGGAUGAUAUAGACAAGGUUCCUGACCUCAGGAUGGGCACAGUCUAGUGACA